AUGGGCUUCAAGGAGAUUGCGCAUGCGCCGCGCGUAUGCGUUGUUACGGCCUUGACGGCAAAGGCAACAGCGUUGGCAUGUUUUUGUACCGAGGAGCAGAGCCAGUUCAGUGGCUCAGGCGAUGACGAAGCUCUAGUUGGUGCCAAGGCUCAUCGGGCGCCCAGGCUUCGAGUCCCCCCAUCCUCUUUCUCCGCCUCGCUCUCGCUCUCUCCUUCUCUUUCACUCACCUCACAGCGACUACGUCUCGCCUGUCGCGCGAACAGCUGCCUCUCGACUGUGGCCAUGGCGCUCUACGGAAGCUCGCGCAAUGUUGAUAUGGGCAAAGCAAGGCAGGAAUCAGAGCUGGCCAUCAACAUUCGCAAAGCGACGAGCAUCGAAGAGGUCUCCCCAAAACGAAAGCAUGUUCGAGCAUGUAUCGUAUACACGUGGGACCACAAGAGCUCCGCCUCGUUCUGGCAAGGCAUGAAAGUCCAACCAAUUCUGGCAGACGAGGUCCAAACUUUCAAAGCACUCAUCACAGUUCACAAGGUGCUCCAAGAAGGCCACCCCAUAGUGCUCAAGGAGGCACAAUCGCACACCAGCUGGCUCGAGAGCUUGUCGCGAGGCUCUACAAUUGGCGAGGGCAUGCGCGGAUAUGCGCCGCUCAUUUCCGAAUACAUCUACUACUUGAUGGCGAAGCUCGCGUUCCACCGACAGCACCCCGAGUUCAAUGGAACGUUCGAGUAUGAGGAGUACAUCAGUUUGAAGUCGAUCAAUGACCCAAAUGAGGGUUACGAGACCAUCUCAGAUUUGAUGACGCUUCAGGAUCAGAUCGAUGCCUUCCAAAAGCUUAUCUUCUCUCACUUUCGAAGCGGCGCAAACAACGAAUGCAGAAUUGCCGCCUUGGUGCCUUUGGUUCAAGAGAGCUAUGGCAUCUACAAGUUUAUUACUAGCAUGCUGCGCGCCAUGCACACUACUCUCGGUGACGAUGAAGCGCUUUCUCCUCUGCGCGGUCGAUAUGACGCCCAGCACUACCGUCUCGUCAAAUUCUACUACGAAUGUUCAAACCUGCGAUACCUCACAAGUCUGAUUACCGUUCCAAAGUUGCCCCAAGAGCCACCAAAUCUACUGUCAGAAGACGAAAACGCGCCCGCACUCCCAGCGAGACCACGGAACGAAGAACCAUCACAGCCCCGUGCGCCCUCUGUGGAUCCCGAGCCGAUCAAUGAAUUCUGGAAGGACAAUCAAAAGAGGCAACAGGAAGAGUUCGAUGCCGAACAGCGCAGGCUGGCACAACAGUGGGAAGAGGCUCAGCGUCUACAGCAGCAGCAGGCCCUACAGGCGCAACGAGAAUUUGAAGAGCAACAAAGGCUGCAAGCCGAACAGGCUCGGCUGGCGCAAGAGCAGCUCAUGCGCGAACAGUAUCAGCAACAGACGCAGGGACGAUUGGCUGAGCUCGAGCGAGAGAACUUGAAUGCGCGGGCACAGUAUGAACGCGAUCAAUUGAUGUUGCAACAAUAUGACCAACGGAUGAAGGCUCUGGAGGGUGAGAUCAAUCAGAUGAACCAGAACUUCCAGCAACAGAUGGGUUCACGAGAUGAUCAGAUCCGGGCACUACAGGAGCAGUUAAACACAUGGAGGUCAAAGUAUGAGUCGCUAGCCAAGCUUUAUUCGCAGCUACGACACGAGCAUCUUCAACUGCUCCAGAAGUUCAAGGCGGUCCAACUGAAGGCCAACUCUGCACAAGAAGCCAUCGACGGCCGGGACAAGUUGCAGCGAGAGCUGAAGUCUAAGAAUAUCGAGUUGGCCGAUAUGAUCCGAGAGCGUGACCGCGCAUUGAUGGAAAAGGACCGACACACUGGUGGCUAUCGUGAAGAGAUUGAGAAGCUUAAGCGUGAACUACGUUCUGCUCUUGAGAGAGCUGAUAAUGCUGAACGCGGCAAAGGUUCUGAGCUGUCUUCUAUGCUCAACAGACAUAACCGCGAGAUCGCUGAUCUCGAGGAAGCUCUGCGAAGCAAGACUCGUGCACUAGAAGACUUCCAGAUGAAGUACCGUGAGGGAGAUUCGGAGCUUGAACGUCAGUUACGCGAGAAAGAGGAGGAAUUGGAGAUCUUCCGUGCCGGUAUGGAUCAGACGUUGCUCGAACUCAAUGAGUUGAAGCUAAAUGCAAAUGCCAACGACAACGUCCUCGAUGGGCACCUGGAUUCCAUAAUCCAGGACAGCCUGUCAAAGAUCAACGAUCUCAUCGACGCUGUUCUACAAAGUGGUGUGCAACGAGUUGACGAUGCGCUAUACGAGCUCGAUUCGUCUAUGCAAGCUGGUAAUCAAAACGCCACUGGGCCAUAUGUCUUGUCACAGAUCGAGAGGGCCUCUACAUGCACAAUGGAGUUCUCGACAGCGUUCAACAACUUCAUUGCUGAUGGACCAAAUGCCAAGCAUGCUGAAGUCAUCAAUGCUGUCAGCAAUUUCGGUGGGGCGAUUGUGGAUGUGCUUGUGAAUACGAAGGGUCUCACUCGGUUUGCAUCUGACGAGAACAAGGCGGAUCAACUCAUCAACGGCGCGAGAGCGGCUGCGACUUCCACUAUCCGAUUCUUUCGCAAUGUGCAGUCGGUGCGCAUUUAUGACCUCGACGCGGAGCAAAAGAUCAACGUAGUCAUCAACAACAGCACAGAGGUUGUUCGCAACCUACAGAGCUUGUCCAAGUUGGCGGAUGCAUUUGCACCCAAGAGCAAGAUCACCAACGCCUCUGGUGAUCUCGGCGACUUGGUCGACGACGAGUUGACCAAAGCCGCCAACGCUAUUGAUGCCGCUACCGAGCGUCUGUCCAAGCUGAUGAAGAAGCCCAGAGACCACUACUCGACCUAUGAGCUCAAGAUCCACGACUCGAUCCUGGCCGCCGCCGUGGCAGUCACAAAUGCCAUUGCGCAGCUCAUCAAAGCCGCCACCGCCUCGCAGCAAGAAAUUGUGCGCGAAGGUCGCGGAUCGAUGUCCAAGACCCAAUUCUACAAGAAACACAACCGCUGGACCGAAGGACUCAUCAGCGCCGCCAAGGCUGUCGCUACAUCGACCAACACGCUCAUCGAGACAGCCGACGGCGUCAUUUCUGGCCGCAACUCACCUGAGCAGCUCAUUGUCGCGUCUAACGACGUUGCGGCGUCCACCGCACAGCUUGUGGCUGCCAGUCGUGUGAAGGCAAGCUUCAUGAGUAAGACUCAGGAUCGUCUUGAGAGUGCUAGUAAGACUGUCACAGCAGCUUGUAGAGCCCUGGUGCGACAGGUACAGGAGAUCAUCGCCCAGAAGAAUAAGGACGAGGGUGAGGAUGUCGAUUACAGCAAGCUCGGUGAUCGCGAGUUCAAAACAAGACAAAUGGAACAACAGGUUGAAAUUCUGCAACUUGAAAACGCCCUUGCGCAAGCCAGGACCAGGUUGGGUGAGAUGCGUAAGCUGUCUUAUCUUGAAGAGUAA